AUCCCUAUUCGCUGUAUACACUCCUCGUAACACCAUCCCUUGGCAUUAGCCCAUUUUGAAGCACUGUAAUAGAAUGGCCUACGAGGACUCCAAGGAAGGCUGCUUUGACUUUAUGCUGCCGAAGGACUCGCAGCUAGCCCUCAAGGAGGCGUGGGCAUUUGCCCAAGAUGGCAUGCUCAACACCGAGGUCGACGGCACGAAGGAGUGGGACCACGGAAUCUUCUCGUGCCUGAACAACAUUCCGCUGACCGCAGCGGUGUGCUGCUGCCCCUGCUGGGGCUCAUGCAUCCGCUACCGCAACAUGGAGUACAUGACGGGCAAAUCCUGCGAGGUCGCCUUCGUGGCCGCUACCGUCACAAGCGCAUGCUGCCUGGGCUGCUGCCACUAUGCCGUUGUACGAGGCCAGUUCCGCAAGAAGUACGGCCUCAAGGGCAGCGGCUUCACGGACUGCGCCUUUGGCUGCUGCCUCGGCCCCUGCGCGCUGUGCUCCGACACCAACCAGCUCAUGGUGCUGCAGGGCAUCAAGGUGCCCUUCCUCAACCUCCCGAGCGGCGCCGAGGCAACCAAGACCACCGCCGAGUAAACGGCAGUUCCCUUCCCAGAAGAAAGUUAAGGUUACCUAACAUGGGACGACGGACGGACGGAAGUUGCUUACAAGGCUGCUUACACCUGGCUGCGGGCUAGGUGCCAACAAUUUGAACGAUUUGUUACAAAACUUGCGGCUUUAUGCGAUGGGUCCUUACUAGUUUGGUCCCUCUUUACGCGCGCAUGACUGCGUACCGUCUAGCGUACUGGACUGUUGCCUUACUGACUACGCGAACCGUUCUCGUUGUCGUUGCUAUCAGUCCUGGCGAGCGCUUUGUUGGCGUUGUGACCGCAAUUUCUUGGACACUUACCAAUCCUUGCUAACUUCUCUGGUUAGAGCUUUUUGACUUUGACCAUUGUGCAGACUAUUUCAUGCUGGUAUUCCUUUGAGUUUCACUCCCUGCCCUUGCCCACUAGCUCCCCAGCAAUUAAACGGGAAUGUUAAAUUGUUCUGGGACGUUGAGUCCCGGUGUUGUGUGUGUUUGACGCAGCACGUUUGCAUCGUUUUUAUUGUUGCGAUACCCCGGUGUUUUCCUAUUUUUUGUGCAUCCUGUGCGAGAAAGAUGUUGCUUACCAGGCAGGCGCUGUAAAGCCCAUGAUCACUUCUGGGUCCAAACCGCUUCUGCCCAGCAAGGCUUGGACAAGAUAAAAGGACUUCAUGGACAGUACCAUACGUCUGUGUGUAACGCAGCAGCUUUG